AAUUAAUGAGAUCAAUCUCCCCUAAUACAUAUUAAUCAAACUAAGAUUCUUUUACAUCUUACCCAUAAUAAUAAAAAGCAAUAUUGAAACCUCUUGUUUAUGAAGCUGUUCAUGUACCUGUAAAUGAAUAGAUUCUACAUACAAAUAGCAUUAGAUUAAAUAUGUCACCUACUCAUAUUGCACCACCAUCUGGUUAAACUGUUUACCGUACUUUAUAAUCAACUAAUAAUUAAAUACCUACUUAAACUAUUUAAUAAAUUUAAAAUAUCUAAACUUUUCCUUAAUAAAAAUUAUAAACUUCUGUUGCAGAAUUCUAAGUCCCAUAAUCAUAAUCAUAAGAAACAUACUCAUCUACAAAAAGUGAUGAUCGAUUUUAUAGAGAAAUAGAAGAUAGAAUCAGAGUUAUUAGAAAUGAAAGUGAUUCAUGGAAAUAAAAAUUUAUUAUCAGUGAAAAUGAUAAAGUUAAAUAAUUAUAAGAUAUGGAAAACCAUUAUAAAAUGGAAAUACAUAAUUAAUCUUAACAAUUAAAACAAUUUUAUUAAGUAACUAUAAAUGAUUUGAAUGAAGAACUUAAACAUUUAUAAAGAGAACUUGAUAAUUCAGAUAGAGAAAUUGAAAAAGCUAGAAAAAAAUGUCAUUCAUUAGAAAUGGAUUAAUUUGAAUUAAAAACUUAAAUUGUUGAUGCUAAUGCUUAAAAAGAUCAAUCCUAAAAGGAAUUGACCAGAAUGACUAAUCUUUAUCAAAAAAUUAAAAUUGAUAUGGAUGAAAUGAAAACCUAAUAAGAUUUUAUGAAAAAAAGAGUUGUCAAUGAAUAAGAAUUAGAAAAACUUAAAGAAAUUAUUAAUCUACGAGAAAAUGAAAUUGAUGAUUUAAAAUUGAGAAACUCUUAAUUAGAAAUAUUAAGUAUAGAUGUUCGAAAAUUAGACACUUAAAAUCAUGAACUUCAAAAUUAAUUAGAAAUACUCUAAUCAUAAAUUUCUAUCUAUGAAACUAAAAUUAUAGAAUAAAGAAAUGAAGUUGAUAAUUUAAAUUCUAUAAAUAAAAGACUUAAUAAUCAAUUACAAGAAAAAAAAAAUCAUGACAAACUUUCUAAAACAAUUUAUGAAUAAGAAAUGUUCAAUUAAUUAAAUUAAGCUUAAGCUCUCUCACAAGAUAAAGAUAAUCAAAUUAAAUCUUUAAAUAUUUAGAUUUCUCAAUUGUAAUUAAAGUAUGAUUAAUUAUAAUCACAAAUAAUAUCAAUAAGAGAAAGCUAUGAAUAACAAUUAACUGAAGCAAGAAUGAAACAAGGAAAAUUUGAAUAAGAAUUUCAAGAUGAUAUUACUUCAAAGUUUUAAUUAAUGUCAAGAGAAAUCCAACAACUUCAAUAAGAAAGAUAAUAAUUAUUGAAUGAUUUAUCCUAAUAAUCAUAAUAAAAGGUAUUUUAUUAAAUAAAAAUUUAAGACUCGAUAAGAUUAAAAAUUGCAAUAGUAAUAAAAAGAAAUCGAUAAUUUUAAUUAUUAAUCUUCCUUAAGAAACAAAGAACUAGUUGAUCAUAAAGAAACAAUUAAUUAAUUAACAAAAUAAGUAGCAGCCAUUUCAAAAGAAAAAUAAAUCUUAUAAGAACAAAUUCAUGUAAGUCUUAUCUAAAAAUUUUAGAAAUUACAUUAUUAAUAUUAAGACUUUAACAAAGUUAGCUAUUAAUAUGAAAAAGUGCUUUGUAGCAUUGAAAUGGAAGCAUUAAGAGAAAGAUUAGAUAAUGCACUUUCUGAAAUCGAGACAAUAAAAGCUAAUUAACUUUCUAUGUAUAAAUUUUCCUGA